AUGAGUACCAUAGACAGCACGAACUCUGACGGUGUCGACGAUUCACUGGGUGGCUUCGUCGUUCCAAGCAACAUAUUUUCGAUAGACUAUUACCAUGGACUUCCGUCAAAGCCACCUCUUUUGGCAACAACUAAGCCUCAACCAUAUAUCAAUCCAAUCGGAUUUUUCGAUCAUCCGGUUGCUAAAACUAUCCAUGCAAUUAGUGGGAAGAACCCUAUUGUUAGCAUGUGGGAUUCUGGCAUCUCGAAUGGCAUCAUGGGUGUUCUUAAGCAGAUGGAUAUAGAAUGGACGAGUCUGGAAGCAGUCCAUAUCCCGGUUGCAACAGACCCGUCAUUGGGCCCGGCAAUCGUCUGGAUUGGAGUACAACCGGGCACUCUCAGUUAUAGGAAGGCUGCAAAAACAGCAUUAAUGUGCCAGGAAGUUAUCGAUACGAAUUCAAUUGCAGAUUGCUUUGUGGAAAUACGCUCUUCAGUUGUCAGAAGAUCUGGUGGUGAUGGCGGUGGUGUUCGGUUUAUCGACCUUUUCAAAGUCCGGGAUCUGCUACGGGAGGAAAAGGAUCCUUUCACUGCAACCUUGAGUUUCCCUAUUUCCGCUAAGGGGACCUUGGAUCCGGCGGGGUCUGCUGGUUUUUUCCUAGACGGUGGUAGCGAGGAUAAUAACAUCUACCUUGUCACCGCUCGUCACGUAGCCUUAGUUGAGAGCUUUGAGGAGAGUCAAGUCGAGUACACGAAGACCGAUACGAAUCAGCCCAAAAAAGAGAUAGUUCGGAUCGGAAGCAAUGCCGAUUUACAACAGAUUGUCGGUGAUAUGGCCUCUAAAAUCGAAAGUCUCGAUGAAAGGGGUUUGGCGAUAGAAAACGCCAUAGAAAACGCCAUAGCAAAUGGGACAGCUACUCCCGAUGAUAGAGCAAGCCUAACACUCACUUCAAGUAAGGUAGCUAAGCUCGAGGAUCUUCACAAAUAUAUCGAUACCCAGUGGGGAACUGUGGAGAGCCGAGUUCUUGGAGAGCUCGUUUGGGCGCCGCCUAUAAGUUUUUCUAUUCAGCCAGGUUGCACCACGCUGGACCUAGCCGUUAUUAAAAUAGGACCCGGAAUCCUUGACGAAAAGAAUUUUCUUGGAAAUGUUAUCCACUUUGGAGACAGGCUCACAAACGCUGAGAUAAGGGAAAUGAUUAAAAAGGAUCCCACAAUCGCCACGUCUUUUAAAAUUCCUGAAGACAGACUUGUUCGGCUUCACGGUCAAACUCCGAAGGCGGAGGUUGCCACACCUUCUACGAAGGAUUCUAACGGCGAAAAUUGCCCCAUCGUUUUCAAGCACGGUCCCAAAUCUGGGGUCACUUUCGGGAAGGCUUCCUGCGUAUCUUGUUACACACGUCGAAUAUGGGAGGGUGUUGAAAUCCUAUCCCGUGAAUUGGGGGUCAUCGGUAUUGCCGCAAAACGUCGACUUCGCGAGUCUCCCUUCGGGCCUCUUUUUUCAGAGGCUGGCGAUUCCGGUGCAUGUGUCGCCGAUGCCUAUGGCAGGAUUAGUGGGAUAGUUAUUGGUGGUUCUGGUUUUAGGGAGGGGGUGAACGAUAUUACUUAUGUCACACCCAUACACCUCAUUAUGGAAGCGCUACACUCGACGAAAAUGUUUCAAAAUGCACAUCUUGAUGUGAACCUUACUUAG